AUGGCCACUGAACAGAUCGCGACCGAAGCAGGGAUCAUUCAGUUUGGCAUCCUGAGGGUGAUCGCCAAGGUCUUCUUGCUGCAGCACCUCAUCGCCUGCGGCUGGUGGGGUGUGGGCAACGCGGUCUUCUUCGAAAACACCAGUGGCAGAAGUUGGAUUGCUAGCUUCGCAAUGGACGGACCUGAUGUUACUUUCGAGUACCAGUACACCACGUGCUUGCAUUGGGCCUUCGCCCAACUAGGCAUGGGCUCGGUGGAGGGCAUCGAGGCAGUGAACACGGAGGAGAGGUCGUUUUGUAUUGCCGUGGCUUUCACGUGCUUGAUCAGCUUCUCCACCCUCGUCAGUACCGUCACGUCUCUGAUGAGCAACCUGCAGAAAGCGCAGGACGAGGAGCAGCAGCUCUUCAGCGACCUCAGGCGAUUCUUGAAUCAGAAUGACAUUCCGAUCGACCUCAGCCAGCGGGUAACGCGCUUCUUGCAGCACGCCUACCGGGCAAGGACGUCUCGAACGGCCGACAGCGAGGUCGCCAUCUUCGGGCUGCUGUCCAAACCCUUGUAUGCCGAGCUCCAGUUUACGCGGUACAAAGACUGCCUCUUUGGCCUUACGCUACUGAGGAGGAUCCUGAUCAACGACGAUGCGCGGUAUCAGGCGGAGACAGUUGCUCAGAAGCUGGCUGUCAAGGCGCUGACCACGGUACAGCUAGCUCAGAAUGACAUUGUCUUCAACCGUGGAACGGUGGCGGACACCACAUACUUCUCCUUAGACGACAACCUGCGCUACUUCCAUUACAUCCAAGAUGAGGACGUAGCCAACUCGAUACAGAUUGCAGAGGUCGCUCUGUGGACCCCUUGGGUGUACAUUGGCGACCUCGUUUCCAGCGACAUGAGCGGACUGGUGGCCAUCGAUGUUGAAGCUUUCUGCACGUGCGUCGGUGAGAUGCAGGAGACUCAGCAGCAGGCGAUCUUUUUGGCCCAGUCCAUCGUUGCGGCCAUCAACGACUUGGAGGUCUUGUCGGACCUUUGGACAUAUCAGCUCGACGAGGAUGAGCUCGGAACGGUCGUGGACAACUCUUCCAGCAAGGGGGAGAGUCCUUGGUGGCACCGGUGCGGGAGUCGCUUCUCUGCACUCUUCGGCCGGCGGCGUAGUCCGCGGCCUCGAACGCUGGCGGCCGUCUCGCCUGCGUGA